AAUAACAGUGAUAUUAGCAUUUAGAAUGUUCAUUUGAACGGCGGUAACUCAGACACGUCGACACUCUUUGAGCAGAAAGUUUUCGUGUAAACUAUAAUGUCACAUCGGUCUAGGUGAAUGUCAUUUGCCUGAUGAAGACAAAGAAUUUUUGUGAAAAACGUGAUUAUAAUCAUCAAACAUUUUCUUAUUAGUAAUUAAUUUGUUUAAGACGAAAAAGUAAAAGACUGAACAAAAAAAUGCGACGCGGACGCAUUCAAUUGAUUAAAAUAGCAAUCGGUGCAAUAAUUGUGUUGGCGGUAUUUUACUUCCUAUUUUCUGAUUCAAAUGUACAUUCACGAGCCAAAAGUGCAAUUUCAUCUCGGUUUACGGCCGAAAAACCAAGAGAACGGCCAGUCUUUUCAAAAGGAGAAUUAGGAAAUUAUGAACCAAAACACGAGGAAAAAAGAGAAGGUCCCGGUGAAUAUGGUGAAGCCUAUAGUUUACCAGAAGAUAAGCAAAAUUUAGCGGAUGCAUCAGAAAUGGAGUAUGGCAUGAAUAUUGCCUGUUCGGAUGAGAUCUCAUUGGAUCGUGCUGUCAAAGAUACACGGUUAGAGGAGUGUAAACAUUGGAAUUAUGCAAAAGAUCUGCCUACCACCUCAGUUAUUAUUGUAUUUCACAAUGAAGGUUGGUCAGUACUUUUGCGAACGGUUCACUCGGUAUUGAAUCGAACGCCAAAGCAUAUUUUACACGAAAUUCUGCUGGUCGAUGACUUUUCGGAUAAGGAAAAUUUAAAAGAUAAACUCACAAAUUACAUUGAGCGAUUCAAUGGGAAAGUGCGUUUAAUACGAAAUUCAGAAAGAGAAGGCUUGAUUCGAACACGUAGCAGAGGUGCGAAAGAAGCAACCGGUGAAGUGAUUGUAUUUUUAGAUGCACAUUGUGAAGUAAAUACCAACUGGUUGCCUCCGUUGCUUGCACCAAUCUAUGCUGAUCGAACUGUUAUGACAGUGCCCGUCAUUGAUGGCAUUGACCAUAAAACAUUCGAAUAUCGUCCAGUUUAUUCUGAUGGCCAUCAUUAUCGCGGUAUUUUUGAAUGGGGCAUGCUGUAUAAGGAGAAUGAAGUUCCGGCAAGAGAACAAAAGCGGCGACAGUACAAUUCUGAACCAUACAAAAGCCCGACCCAUGCAGGUGGCUUGUUUGCAAUCAAUCGAGAUUUCUUCCUCGAGCUUGGUACUUAUGACCCCGGUCUUCUGGUGUGGGGCGGAGAGAAUUUUGAGCUUUCUUUUAAAAUAUGGCAAUGCGGAGGAAGUAUUGAAUGGGUUCCAUGCAGUAGAGUGGGGCACGUGUAUAGAGGAUUCAUGCCAUACAACUUUGGAAAAUUGGCCGAAAAGAAAAAGGGACCAUUAAUUACAAUCAACUAUAAACGUGUGAUUGAAACAUGGUUUGAUGAUAAAUACAAAGAGUUCUUCUAUACUCGCGAGCCGUUGGCACGUUACUUAGAUAUGGGCGAUAUAACCGAACAGUUGGCAUUGAAAGAGAAACUACAGUGCAAAAGUUUCCAAUGGUUUAUGGAUAAUGUGGCUUACGACGUCUUCGAUAAAUUUCCACAACUUCCACCUAAUUUACAUUGGGGUGAACUGCGUUCGGUCGCGACUGAAAUGUGUAUGGAUGCAAUGGGUCGACAACCACCGUCAAUAAUGGGUCUUCAACAUUGUCACGGACAUGGCAAUAAUCAAUUAUUACGAUUGAAUGCCGCUGGACAGCUUGGAGUUGGUGAGAGAUGUGUUGAAGCAGAUCGACAGGGUGUUAAAUUGGCGUUCUGUCGCUUGGGUACGGUAGACGGUCCAUGGACAUAUGAUGAGAAAUCCAGAACGAUUUUGCACAGGUCGCAGAAACGAUGCCUUGGUGUUCAUCCGCAAACACAUCAAAUGUCAUUACAACCGUGUGACGUCAACAAUGCCUAUCAUCAAUGGGUUUUCAAAACCACUCGUCCGAGCUGGGCACGGGAUGACUAAACAAACGGCGAAACUUAUUUUCAUUUUGGGUUGGUUGAAAGUAUAGUGAUAGUAAAUCUUAAAUGUAUUGCAUAGCAAUCUCUCUAACGCUUUGCCGUUCCUGAUUUGUUUCGUCAAGCAAAUGUAAUAGAUAGAAAAGAACAAUCAAUUUACAAUAUAUUUAUUAUUAAAAGAGAAAUAGAUAUGUGGAUCAAA